GCUGGUUACAAUUUCACAUUCAUAAAAACCGAAAGAAGUAAAAUAUGAAGUUACUAUUUUGCUAUUUAUUUCCCCUUUUAAUGUGGAUUUCUUUCAUCCAGAUAACAAAAGGCAAGAUAACGUUUUUCAUCGAAGUUAGCGAGAUAAAGAAUAACGGAAGUAGAAUUUAUGGCGGAGCUUGUUGUCAAGGUAUCAAUGGUAGUCAGUGUUCAGUUCUAUGCAAACCUCUCCUGACGAUUUCCUUGAGAAAUCAUAGUGGCCAACACUACGAUUCCUUAACGACUAAUGUCAACAUGAGGAAAGAAGAUGUUAUCCUCGGAUCUAGAAUUGGAAAUUCAAGUAACCCAAUAGUUCUGGAGGCAAAUUCGUGGGACAAGCUUUGGGACCAAAUACACGUAGAGGUCAGAGAUUUUCGGUAUUAUGUACAGCCGUUAAUCUUCCAAGAUUCAUUUCAUGAUUUCAACCUAAACACUGGAGAUAAUAUCCUUUCCCAAAACUGGAGACAACGAAGACUGACAUCACAAUUCAACAGUAGCAAUGAUUUUAGCAUUACUUUGACUUACAAGGCCUACUGUUCUGAGGGUUACUAUGGCAAUGACUGCAGCGGCCACUGUCCAGGGAAUCCAAGAAAAUGCGUUGUCAAUGGAACAACGUAUUGUAAAACCGGAUGGUUUGGUGCUGACUGCAACAAAGACGUAAACGAAUGUGCCACACCUAAAUUCUGUAACCACGGCAUAUGUACAAACACUGCUGGAAGUUUUCAUUGCACUUGUCCACCAUCUUUCUAUGGUUUAAAAUGUCAGUUAGAUGAGGAUGAAUGUCUCCUUAACCCUUGCAAUGGAGAAGAAUGUAUCAAUAAAAUCGGAAGCUAUGAAUGCGUGUGUGGUAAUUCUACAACUGGUACAAACUGCGAGAGCCUGGUGGCCUCUAACUGCACCAACGAAACGUGCCAUUAUCAUGGGACGUGUAAUAAUCAAACUGGAGAAGCAGGUUGUAACUGUAGUUCCGAGUAUUCCGGAACUGCUUGUGCGACGAUUAAUCAUUGUUUCCAAAGGAAUUGUUCUCACAAUGGUGUCUGUAUAAAUGGAAUUGAUGAUUAUGUAUGCAAUUGUAGUUAUGGUUACACCGGAAACGAUUGCGAGCACACGUAUUGUUACCGACACCAAUGUCGAAAUGGUGCCGCUUGUGUCACUGGAAAGUCGAAUUAUGCGUGCAUAUGUUCUCCAGGUUACACUGGGAAUUACUGCGAGACGCGUGAUCACUGCUACUUGCAUAGCCAGAACUGUAGUGGACAUGGGUUUUGUAGCAACGGGCCAUAUAAUUAUACGUGUAUAUGCGACUGGGGCUAUCACGGAAGUGAAUGUGAAAUAUUCAAAUUUGAUUUAAAUGUGACAACCAUACUCCCUAAAAAUACUCCUGAGGCAUCUUGGACUACAAAACCUAUUUGUACCCUUUCUUCUUGCAACAAUCACGGUAAAUGUUAUCUAGAAAAUAAUUCAAAGGGAUAUCUUUGUGAUUGUGAAGAAGACUGGUCUGGUUCAGAGUGCGAACGUUUUGAUUACUGCCAUAACGUUGUCUGUUCUAAUUACGGGGAAUGCUUCACUGGACUUGCGGAUUUCUUUUGCAUGUGUGAAAAGGACCAUUUUGGAAAACUAUGCAAUGUGACGCACUUUUGCAAAAACAAUAACUGUUCAUCUCCUCGUAUUUGUAAAGAACAUUUGGACGGAUAUUCCUGUGAGUGUCCAGAUGGGUUAUUUGGCGCUUACUGUGAAAGAGUAAACCAUUGCUUUCUUAACCCAUGCGGGGUACAUGGCAAAUGCAACAAUACAAAUAAUGGGUUUGCCUGUAUAUGUGAAGAUGGAUGGAUGGGAGAAAAUUGCUCUCAAGUGGACUAUUGCUAUGGUCGGCCUUGUGGACAGCAUGGGCGAUGUCAAAACAACUACCAUAACUUUACAUGUCUAUGUGAUGCAGGUUUUGUUGGGAAUCAAUGUAGUACAGUAGAUUACUGUUUUCAGAAUCCGUGCAAAAACAAUGGAUCUUGCAUAUCAGAUUCUGGUGGUUAUAUAUGCAAUUGCCCAGAGGUUUGGACAGGACAAAAUUGUAGUAAUAGAAAUGUUUGUCUUUUAGACAAUCCGUGCAACUCCCAUGGAAACUGUUCUCAAUCCGAGUCUGAAUUUAACUGCUCCUGCUUAGCGAGUUGGUUGGAUUUGUCUUGCAAUGUCUUUGAUUAUUGUUACAGUUCGCCGUGUGGAGAACAUGGAACGUGCCAGAACAAACCGGAUUCAUAUCACUGCCUUUGUGAUCCACAGUGGUCAGGAGAAAACUGUUCAAUCAAUGCUUGCGAAAAUAUUACAUGUAGCUAUAAAGGAAACUGUUCGGCACUAAAUUCAACAUAUCACUGCGAAUGCAAAAAUGGAUGGGUGGGAAAGGACUGUGGUGUGCCAGAUCCAUGCCAAAAUUACACUUGUGAACAUGGUGGUACAUGUCACCCUUUAAUCAUAUACAACACUGGUGCUUUAGAUCCGCUAGCCUUAUUCAACAGGCGGAAUGACACAAUCCAUAAUGCAACAGCUAUCGCCGAGUGCAGAUGUAGGAGGGAAUGGGAGGGACCUCGAUGUGAAAAAGACGUCAAUGAAUGUUCGAAGAGUAAUGCGUGUGAAGGACAUGGCUACUGUAUAAAUAAUAUAGGAAACCACACAUGCCUGUGUGAACACGGUUGGCGAGGAUUGGAUUGCGAGGAAAAUAUCAACGAAUGUCUAUCACAGCCUUGCAAAAAUAAUGGUACAUGCAAUGACAAAAUAAACAGCUUCACCUGUUCAUGUUCGGAUAAUUGGGAAGGGGAUUUGUGUCAGAAAGAUGUUGAUGAAUGUCGGUACUUUCCUUGUGGCGUACAUGGGACGUGUUUGAAUCUUCAAGGAAACUAUUCGUGUCUCUGUGAAACAUCAUGGACUGGUAGACACUGUGAAACUCACAUGAGAUCGUGCUCUUUUGGGCCAUGCAAAAACAACGCUACUUGCGUCGACUUGGAGGAAACGUACUUCUGUAGAUGUGACGAGAGAUUCACAGGCCGACAUUGUGACACGGAUAUCAAUGAGUGUAAGUCUUCUCCCUGUAAAAAUGGUGCCACUUGUUUGAAUACAUACGGGUCCUACAACUGUAAGUGUAGGAAGGAAUGGACCGGCAUUUAUUGCGAUAAAGACGUGAAUGAAUGUUUAAAUAAUCCGUGUCCUCAAAAUACCACGUGCACUAACAGAGAAAAUGGCUAUUUCUGCCAAGACUGUACCACCUUUGUUUGUGCAAACGGAGGUCAGUGUGUUGAUACUCAAAGCGGACCACAAUGUAACUGUUCAAAGAACUGGGUUGGGUCUACCUGCCAGCAGAGAGACUACUGUUUCAAUGGCCCUUGUGGUCCUUUGGAGGUUUGUAUCAACACACGCACAGCCUACGCUUGCGAGUAUCACCCUUGUAUUAGCUCUCCCUGUCAAAAUAAUGGCCAGUGUCACGAGGCUGGUACGAGCUACUUUUGCAAUUGUACAUACGGUUGGAUGGGCCUAACUUGUUCAGAGAGAGAUUUCUGUGCCUUUACGAAAUGUCAUAACAAUGGAACAUGUACGAAUACGAACAAUUCUUCUGUAUGUCAAUGCACGAAUAAGUGGUAUGGUGAAAAGUGCGAGAACUUCAACUAUUGCAAUUCGUCCCCCUGUUUGAGUGGCGGUGUAUGUAGAAAUAUGAAAGAUCAUUAUAUAUGUGAAUGUCUCCUGGGUUGGAAAGGUUCGCGUUGUGAAACCCGUGAUUAUUGCUAUAAUAUGCCAUGUUUAAAUAAUGGCAUCUGCGUAAAUCAUAACACUUCGUAUUCCUGUUCUUGCCCUGAGGAAUGGACAGGAAGAAACUGCGAGUCAUACAACUACUGCCAUGUUCACCCGUGCAAUGGUAGGGGUAUAUGUCACAAUAACGAUACGGGAUAUGAAUGUAUGUGUAAUCGGGGCUACAUAGGUAAGAAAUGUGACAUCAUCGACUAUUGUGCGUCCAGUCCGUGCUUGAAUAACGGAAAGUGUGUUACAGAACCAUAUGGGUAUAUAUGUCACUGCCACUCAGGGUACGUCGGGAAAAGGUGUGAACGUGACAUGGAUGAAUGUGCUUUUGAUCUGUGUCCUGCGAGAUCAACCUGUUAUAACAAUCAUGGUGGCUAUACUUGCGUUUGGAACGACAGACGACGAAGGGCCACUUUUUUUAAAGGGAAGACAACUCAUACAGUCACACUGCCUUAUACAUCAAGUGCUCUAAACUUGGUCAAAAAUCAGUCGUUACUGGCGUCAUACCUAUCACAAGGAGUCUGCAAAGAUCCACAACAGUUCUUUAUUCAACCCAGGAAUAUGACAGUUUUGGCAAGCGAACACACCAUGUCUCUGAAAUUCCAAGCCAUGUGUUACCCAUGACAACCGUUCAGGGACCAGUUAAAGAGAACUAGAAUCAGAUUUGCCUUAGUAACAGUAUAAUAGAAUCAGUUCUCAUAAUACUGAUGAAAGGACUGUAAACUGUUACUGAUUUGCAAUGGGGCACAAUUCUAUCAAUGCGGUCUAUAUUUAAGCUGUGUGUGGUAUAUUUUAACACCAUUUCACAUUUUACAUUUUUCUUUUACAAUCGUCUACCUCUUUUGUGGAUAUUGAUAUCUUUGUUCAUCCAAGUUUUGGUUUAAAUUAUAUUAAUUGUGAUUUAACAACAU